ACCAUUAACUGGUCAACUUUUGCAAAACCAUGGGAGGUGUUCCAAGGCCUCAUCUUCUUCUUCUCCCUCUGCUUCACAUUUUCUUGCUUUCCUGGCUGCCAUUGAAGGCAAUCUCAUCACCCACAACACAAGCAGAGGCUUUGGUUAGCUGGAAGAGCAGCUUUGGUUCUUCCCCACCUUCUCUAAGUUCAUGGUCACUCACAAACAUCAACAGCCUGUGCAACUGGACCUCCAUUGUCUGUGACCCCAAAACCAAGGAAGUUUCUCAGAUUGACCUCUCAAACUUCAACCUUUCUGCAACACUGUCAGGAUUGGACUUCACCCAGUUUCUGAAUCUCACCCAUUUCAACCUCAAUAGCAACAAUUUCACAGGGGCAAUUCCAUCUGCCAUUGGCAACCUCACCAAGCUCACAACUUUGGAUUUGGGCAACAAUCUUUUUGGAUAUGAAGUGCCUGUGGAAAUGGGGAGGCUAACCCAGGUUGAGUAUUUCAGUGUCCACAACAACAAUCUCACUGGUGUCAUUCCGUAUCAGCUGGAUAGUCUCAAAAAGGUACAAUAUUUGCUUCUUGGAAGUAACUACUUAGAGCCUGCUGAUUGGUCUAAAUUUUCAGGCUUUCAUGUGUUGACAUACCUUGAUCUUUCUUUCAAUAGUUUAGACUCAGAGUUCCCAGAAUUUAUAUCUGAAUGUAGGAACUUGACAUUCUUGGAUUUGUCUCAAAAUGCUUUGACUGGCCAUAUACCAGAAGUGGUACUUACCAAUCUAGUCAAUCUUGAAUAUCUCAAUCUCACAAAUAACCAUUUCCAAGCCCCAAUGCCAUAUAACUUUCCCAACCUUAAACACCUUUAUUUGGGAGUGAACAACUUUAGUGGUCCAAUUCCUGAAGGUAUAGGUUCCAUGUCUGGUCUUGAAACUAUGGAGCUGAUUACCAAUUUCUUUGAAGGAAAAAUCCCAUCAUCUAUAGGCCAACUCAAGAAGCUUCAGCACCUUGAUUUUUCAGGGAAUUUCUUAAAUUCCUCAAUACCCUCUGAGCUUGGUGAUUGUACCAACCUCACUUUCUUGGCAUUGGCUUUGAACAAACUCAGUGGGGCAUUGCCUCUGUCCUUAUCAAAGUUGACCAACUUGGUGAAUUUGGGUUUAUCUGACAAUCAAUUAACUGGACCAAUAUCGCCUUCUCUUCUCUCCAAUUGGACUGGAAUAGUCUCUAUUCAAUUCCAAAACAAUAGUUUCAGUGGGAACAUUCCAGCUGAAAUUGGCAUGUUGACAAAUCUUGAUCUCCUCUUUCUGUACAAAAAUAAUUUCACUGGCCCAAUUCCAUCAGAGAUAGGAAACAUGCAAGCUAUGACAAACUUGGAUCUUUCGAGUAACCGGCUCUCCGGGCCGAUUCCUAUGUCAUUCUGGAAUCUCACUAACCUUAUGAGUAUACAGCUUUUCUCCAAUAACCUCAGUGGUACAAUCCCCCCGGAGAUUGGGAACAUGACUUUAUUGUCUGUCUUUGAUGCCAAUACAAACCAACUUGAAGGAGAGUUGCCAGAUACCAUUUCUCUCCUCACCAAACUUCAGAGCUUUUCUGUGUUCACCAAUAAGUUGUCCGGUACUAUUCCUAGUGACUUUGGGAAAAAUAGUCCUGGCUUGGGAUAUCUUAGCUUUUCAAACAACAGCUUCUCUGGAGAAUUGCCACCGGAGUUGUGCAGUGGAUUUUCUUUGCAACAAUUCACGGUGAAUAUCAACAACUUCACAGGACCAUUACCUGCGUGCUUGAGAAAUUGUACUGCAUUAACUAGAGUCCGGCUUGAUAAGAACCAAUUCACCGGAAAUAUUACCAAUGCGUUUGGUGUCCAUCCUAGUCUUGAAGAAAUUUACCUUAGUCACAACAAGUUUGUUGGUGAACUCUCACCAGAUUGGGGAGAGUGCAUAAACAUCACCGACAUGCGUAUGGAUGGAAACCGAAUUUCUGGUCAAAUUCCACCUGAGCUUCUGAAGUUGGCCAAUUUGCAGUAUCUAGCACUAGGUUCUAAUGAAUUCAGUGGGGAGUUUCCAGUUGGUAUUGGGAAUCUAAGCUUGUUGUUCACUCUCAAUCUCAGCAGGAACCACUUCACAGGAACCAUCCCACAGAUCCACCGAUUGACUAAGCUUGAGACUCUUGAUUUGUCUGAUAACAAUUUUACAGGGGUAAUACCAGCGGAAGCUGGCACAUUUUUGAGGUUGACAAGCUUAAAUUUGAGCCACAACAAGUUAUCUGGUGAAAUACCGGCAGAGGUUGGUAACUCAAAAUUGAGUUACUUGUUGGAUCUUAGCAGCAAUUUGCUCUCAGGAGACAUACCUUCAAACUUGGGCAAGCUUACACAGUUGGUGAUUUUCAAUGUCUCACAUAACAAUCUGUCUGGAAAAAUACCAUCAGCAGUCUCUGACAUGCUUAGUCUAGACAGCUAUGACUUUUCUUUCAACAACUUGACUGGUCCAAUCCCAACUGGUGGAAUUUUCCAAACAGCACCGGCAAAUGCUUUUGUUGGCAACUCUGGUUUGUGUGGAGGAGCAGGACUAACUGCAUGCAAUUCCUCUGGUGGAAAGUCCAACAAGAACAAGAAAGUUCUUAUUGGAGUCCUUGUUCCUAUUUGUGGUUUAUUAAUGAUUGUGACUGUUAUUGCAAUGAUCCUUAUAUUCCGAAAGAAACCUGAGCCGCAUGAUGAGGAAACCAAAGGUUCUAAGAAGUCUGAGAGUUUUGAUUCAAACAUCUGGGAAAGAGAAGUAAAAUUUACGUUUGGGGAAAUUGUGAAGGCCACAGAGGACUUUGAUGAGAAGUACUGCAUUGGAAAAGGAGGGUUUGGAAGGGUUUACAAAGCCGAGCUGCUUUCAGGUCAAAUUGUUGCAGUCAAGAAACUUAACAUGUCUGAUUCUAGUGAUAUUCCAGCAAUAAAUCGACAAAGUUUUGAGAAUGAAAUUCGAACUUUGACACAUGUCAGGCACCGGAACAUCAUCAAGCUAUUUGGGUUCUGUUCAAGGAGAGGUUCCAUGUUCUUGGUGUAUGAGUAUUUAGAGAGAGGCAGUCUUGGAAAAGCAUUGUAUGGAGUUGAAGGGAAUGCAGAACUUGACUGGGCUACAAGGGUCAGAAUUGUGCAAGGACUAGCUCAUGCUCUUUCAUACCUGCACAAUGACUGCUCUCCACCAGUUGUACACCGGGAUGUUUCUAUCAACAAUGUGCUGCUGGAAUGGGAUUUUGAGCCCCGGCUAUCAGAUUUCGGAACCGCAAGACUGCUGAGCCCGGAUUCAUCCAACUGGACCAGUGUUGCUGGUUCUUAUGGCUACAUGGCACCUGAGCUCGCAUACACUAUGAAGGUGACGGAUAAGUGUGAUGUAUACAGCUUUGGAGUACUGGCACUAGAAGUCCUGAUGGGAAGGCACCCAGGGGAAAUGCUAGAAGCUCUACAAGAGUCAUCGAAAACAUUGCAGGACAACACAGAAAUGCUUUUGAAAGAUGUGAUAGACCAAAGGUUGGAGCCUCCAGCUGGUGAAUUGGCAGAAGCAGUGGUGUUUGUGGUGAGCAUAGGCUUGGCUUGCACACGUUCCCGUCCUGAGUUACGACCCACAAUGCGUUUUGUGGCACAAGAACUAUCGGCUCGGACACAGCCUUACCUUUCUGAACCAUUUGGUAUGUUAACUAUCAACAAACUCACUGGUCUUCAAAAAUAGAAAGGAAUGAUAUUAGUAGCUAUAUGUUUGUCAACCUGAUAUUUAUGUGACUGUAUUAUAGAUGUCUUGAAAGAAUAAUCUUUGGGGGUUAGCCCAGGUUAAGUAUUACUUGUACCGUAUAGUGUAUAACCUCAGUUUAGAGAUACUAGUUUCAUAUACAAGUUGCUUCUA